CUGCGCGGGACCACGCCUCCGUUCGUCGGGGGGUGGGGCUUGUCCCCGCGUCGGAAGCGGAAGUGGCGCGUGCGGAAGUGGCGGCGGAGGGGCUGUUGCCAGGUUACCGGGAUGUUCCGCGCCGCGGUGGAGGUGCAGCCCGCCUGCCUCGGGCUGUACUGCGGCAGGAUCGUCCUGGCGGUCAACGGCUCUGCGGAGACCUACGGGGACUGCGGGGUUCUCUUCUCCUGGCUGAACAGCUCCAGCUUUCCUCAUAAGAAAGAUGCCAAAGGAGGUGCUGCAGGCUCGGUGCUAAACCAGAGCCAAGACGAGGGACUGCGAAAGCUGGAACAGAAUGGGAUGGUGUGUCCUAGGGGUCAAAGAACCGAUGACAACAAAAUCUGCCGGGAAUGUGUGGGAUCUCCAGACCGCUAUGACUGGCUGUACCUUGGCUUCAUGGCCAUGCUUCCCCUGGUUUUACACUGGUUCUUUAUUGAAUGGUACUCGGGAAAAAAGAGUUCCAGCGCGCUGUUGCAGCAUGUCACUGCCUUGUUUGAGUGCAGCAUUGCAGCGAUUAUUACGCUGCUCAUCAGCGACCCUAUUGGCUCUCUGCAUAUCCGCUCCUGCAAGGUGAAGAAGCUUUCGGACUGGUACACAAUGCUUUACAAUCCAAGUCCUGACUACAUCACCACAGUGCACUGCACUCAGGAAGCAGUCUAUCCCCUGUACACCAUUGUGUUUAAAUAUUACGCCUUCUGUCUUGUGUUAAUGAUGCUGCUUCGCCCUCUUCUGGUUAAGAAAAUUGCUUGUGGUUUGGGGAAAUCUGAUCGAUUUAAAAGCAUUUAUGCAGCGCUGUACUUCUUCCCUAUCCUCACCGUGCUUCAGGCUGUUGGAGGAGGCCUGCUCUAUUAUGCCUUUCCUUACAUCAUACUGGUGUUGUCUUUGGUUACACUGGCUGUGUACAUGUCUGCUUCUGAAGUGGAGUCUUUCAAGGAUCUUCUCGCCAGGAAGAAAAGGCUUGUUGUCCUCUUCAGCCACUGGCUACUCCAUGCCUACGGAAUCAUCUCCAUUUCCAAACUGGAUAAGCUUGAGCAGGACCUGCCAUUGCUUGCCUUGGUACCUGCACCUGCCCUCUUCUACCUGCUGACAGCAAAGUACACCGAGCCGUCACGCAUACUCUCCGAAGGUGGAAAUGGACAUUAAAAGGAGCCAGUGCCAACAAUGCUGGCCUAAUGAUCUGGGUUAAGUGAUUUCAGUGCUUGUUGCGCUUUGGAAACUUCUGUUUUAAAAUAGGCUAUUUAUGUACAAACCUUCUAGGUGAAACACCUAAGAGACUGUGUAAUAUUAAAAAAAGCUGCACUUUGCAAGUAUCUGGUAUAGAUCAAAAGGAAUGUGUUUUUAUAUCUGUUUAUCACUGUGAAUCUAGUACAGUGGUUUGCUUGUAUAUGUUUAUUUCCUAAUACACUAUUUUAGGUGUUUGUUGUUUGAAUAAAACAAUGGAGCCUGCUUUUCAGUAGGCUUUCAGUAAAACAAAUAGAACUUGCUUAUACCAGAGAGCUUGGUUUUUCUCAUUACAAGCUCUAUCUUCUAUCCCCACCCCACCAGUGGAAACAGAGGAUGUUUCAAAAAGGUGGAUCCAGUUUGAAAUCACUAUAGCUUUGAAAUUGAGUCCAUCUUUUUGAAACACCCUAUAGACUUCCAUCUUCCUUCUGUCAAAAAAAUAAAACGUGUUGAGCAUCUCCUCA